UCCAAAAACAAAGAAACAACCACACAGACGCGCAUGAACGAAACACCUGAGCAGCGCAAGGAAAGGUUGACCAAAGACAAAGAGGAAACCAAACAUAGGCGCAUGAAGGAGACACCCGAGCAGCGCAGAAAAAGGUUGUCUAAGAACAAGAUUACAACCGCACAGAUGCGUGCCAAUGAGACACCAGGGCAGAAAAGAAGAAGGUUAUCCAAGGACAGAGAUAAAGCCGGCGAAAGGCGUGCCAAGGAAACACCUGAGCAGCGCAGGAGAAGAUUAUUCAACGGCAAGAACAAAACAGCUGAGGGGCGUGCUCUGCAACCACUUACCAUUGAGUCAGCCUCACUAGCAUUCCAGAAGAAGAUAAAGGAAGGUCCCAUAUAUGUGUGCUGCGUAUGUCACCGGCUGAUGUUUAGAAAGGCAGUUGUACGAUUCAAGAAGGACAACUGCAAAUACUGCAAAUUACCAGCAAAUGAGAAGGCUGACAUAUUCCACAAUCUGUACCAUGAUUGCAGCUGGGUUUGCAACACGUGUCAUUUCAAGCAUGUGCAGAGGGGAGAUGCCAGCCCAGGCAAAGGCCAACGGCCUUCAAUUAGCUGACAUUCCAGAGGAGCUUCAAAAUCUGCGCCCUCUGGAACGACGACUCAUCUCACAACGAAUUCCCUUCAUGAAGCUGGUUGGUCUCCCCAAAGGACAGCAAAGGGCCAUUCAUGGCCCAGCAAUAAACGUACCAGCAAAACUGGAAAAUGUCUGCUCUCUACUCCCGCGGCUUCCCGGUAACGCCCAAGUGUUGCCCAUGAAAUUGAAGAGGAGGCUGAUCUACACCGGACACUACAUGUAUGAUUUCAUAAGACCCAGGCAGGUGACAGAAGCCCUGUUUUGGUUGAAGAGAAACAACCGACUGUACAAAGAUGUGACAUUCUGCGAGGACUGGCAACAACAGUGGCUAGAUGGGGAUAGUGACCUUUGGGAAGCCAUGAUCAACAGCAGUUCACCCGAGGUAGCUGACGGUGACUCCAUUGACACUGACAAUGACAUUAACAGGCUAGCGGAAAGUCAUGGACAUGUGGUGGAGGAUGUACCUCAGGAUGGGAACUGCUUUUUUGCAGCAAUGCAUCUGGUCCUCAACAGAGCUGGUAGGCACAGUGACUCCCCACAUGACAUGCGAGGAGAACUUGUGACAUACUUGCGAAAAUCUAAGGACGUCACGCGUUACCAGCCCUGUAUCCCUGAUGCUGUAGAAGACCUUCAACCAGCUGUCGGGGGAUAUGAUGUUGAACAACCUGAAGAAGUUGACUUCGACAUUGCCCAUAUCAGCGACCCAGUGGAAAGACAAACAGCUAAAUGGAACAGAUACAUUGAUCGUUUAGCUAAUGGUGCGUGGGCUGAUCAUGUGGCCAUUCAAGCUCUGGCAGACAUGAUGGACAUCGAGAUUCAAAUUCUUGGGACUUUGAAUCCCGAUAGCAUGACUAUCAUACAGCCAGCACACAGCAUAACAUCCCAACGACUGACUGUUACAAUUGGACUGAUCGGGCAAUCUCACUAUGUGGCUCUCCACAAGAUGUCAAGUAACACACAAGAAGAUGUUCACCUUAUGUCUCAGGGCACAGGCGCGGACGUGAGCGCCACCAGCACCACAACACAGAACACAGUGAUGACAGAGCAGGAGAAAGAAGAUGCUGAAGACGAGGCCGCAUUUAAGGAAACAUCUGCAGCAAGAGGUCUCCCAUACACAACAUGUCUGCAGGAGGACAACCUUCAGGAUAACGAGAAUGUCUACUCCUUGGCUCCGGGAGAGAACCAAUGUCCACGCGCAUUCCUCACUGACGAAGACUUUGAACUCCUCGCUAACCCGGAAAAGUAUCCAGAUGGGAGAUUCGGCUAUUCCAUUCAUCGGAAGAAGAAUCUCACAGUUAGGAAAUACUUCAACCAACGCCUGCUAGAUGCUGAUGGAAGAUUCGCUAAGGACGUCGAUUACCUUUUUGCUGCACAGUACGUCGUGGAAGCAAAGCAGAUACGGGACGACGCGUCCAUAGCAUUGCGUCAAACCAGGGGACGCAUGAUGCAAGGUGGACCACUCAAUGCAGGUGUCGUCAAGAACGCUGCGAACGUCGCCGCUUGGUUCAGAACUGACGCUGCGUAUAAGUUCCUGAAAAACGUCCGCGGAUCUCCCCCAUACUGGCAAAAAGUCCUGUAUCAAGUUCUUGCGAUGGUUCGGCAAUUCGGAACGCCAACCUGGUUCCUCACGCUGUCCGCUGCUGACAUGCAUUGGCCGGAAAUUAUACAGAGCAUCGGUAAGCAGUAUGGGCAGGAUUUCACCCCCGAUGACAUUGCAGCAAUGCCAUGGCAGGACAAGUGCGACUGGUUGAACAGGAACCCUGUCACUGUGGCACGCCUAUUCCAGCACAGGCUUGAAGUGUUCUUCACGGACUUCAUUUGCAGUGCCGCUCAUCCCAUUGGGGAAAUACAAGACUACUUCAUCCGGGUGGAAUUCCAGGCACGUGGAUCACCCCACGCCCACACACUUCUAUGGGUAAAGGAUGCUCCAAAGAUUGAUGAAGAUCCCGACGACGUGGUAUGCCAGUUCAUCGAUAAGUACCAGACAUGUGAAAUGACCCCAGACUCGGCUAAGUUCCAGCAACACAAACAUUCAACAUCAUGCAGACGCCAUGGUGGAUGCCGCUUCAGCUAUCCCCGCCCUCCCAGUAGAAAAACUAUCAUCGCCCGGCCAGGCGUGCGAGAUAACACUGAUGACAACACAAUCCACACAAAAAGCACCAAAGCCCUACAGAAAAUCAGAACAUACCUGGAUGACAAGACUACACCCAGAGACAUGACCCUAGACGAGUUGUUCCAUAAAGCUGAAGUGGCUGAGGACGAGUACAUGAAGGAGCUCAGUACAACCACGUCCGGGAUCUCCAUCAUUCUCAAACGUGACCCCAUGUGCCAAGUCACAAACAGCUACAACAAAGACAUCAUCCACAGUUGGCAGGCCAACAUCGAUCUGCAGUUCAUCACGGACGUAUAUGCCUGCAUCAUGUAUGUUACCUCGUACAUGAUGAAGAGUGAGAGAGCGAUGAGUGAGUUAUUGAGGAAAACAGCCAAGGAGACAGCAAAUGAAGACGUCAAAUCACAACUCCGCAAAUUAGGCACAACCUUCCUAAAUCACCGGGAGGUUAGCGCACAGGAAGCGGCUUAUCGGCUGCUUUCCCUCCCUUUGAAGAAGGCCUCAAGAACUGUGCAAUUCAUCAACACAAGUGCAAAGGAGAAGCGUGUGUCGAUGCUGAAGUCCUCAGCUGUGUUGGACGCCAUGGAGGACGAGGAUGAGGACGUAUUUGAAACAAGCCUCAAUGACAGAUAUGCUGCCCGACCAUCAGAGAUGGAGUCCAUGUCCCUCGCUGAGUUCACAGCAACAUACGCCGUGGCAUAUGGAGAAAGUACACCAGAUGAAACAUCAACCACCAAGCAAGAGCGCAUCCAGUUACAGAAGGGCUUAGGUGUCAUGUACAAACGGCGUCGCCCAGCUGUCAUUCGCUUCCACAAAGAGAAGGAGGAGGGCGAAUCCAAGUACCGGCACCUGCUUAUGCUGUACUGCCCUUGGCGAAAUGAGGAUCAGUUGAUGAGCGACUUUGACUCAUAUGAACAGCACUAUCAGGCAGUAAAAGAUAUUAUUGAUCGCAAUGAAGACCUGUACACAGUGAAGACAACAAGGCUAGAUGAAGCAAUGGAUAACAUGGAUAACAUCGGAGCACCAGAACACGCGUGGGAUAUGCUCGGUCCUGGAGCUCAACAACAACAGGCAGAACAAGAGGAAGAAGGUAUCUGUGACGAUAGGAGCAUCGGAGCAGAAGACCUCCAGCACAAUGCUGACCUGACUGAUAAUCGUAACCAAGACAACGUAGACAGACAUGCAGAACUCCACGCCCGAUACACAGCUGAGGCCACCAAAUCAUUGCUGUCACUAGAAGAGUACCGAGAGAUGAUGCGCGCGUUAAAUGAAAACCAGAGAAACAUUGUAAACUACCACAGACAAUGGUGCAAGGCCACUGUUAUCGCUCUGAAAGAGCACAAGCCGCUCCCUACAUACCGUCUAUUCCUCAGCGGCCCGGGGGGCGUAGGGAAGAGCCAUGUCAUCAAGAUCGUACAUUUUGAAACAGUACGACUACUGAGACUGGCGCACUGUUUUGAGCCAGAAGACGUCAUAGUAAUCCUCACUGCCUUCACAGGGGUAGCUGCUUUCAACAUCAAUGGGCUCACUCUCCACUCAGCAUUUCUGCUGGAGACCAUCAACAAGCGAGGUGACUAUCGUGCCUUGGGGUCUGACAGGCUUAACACCUUGCGCUCGCGUCUUAGCAAACUCCGCCUUCUCGUCAUUGAUGAGGUGUCGAUGGUCGGAUCGAGCAUGCUCGUACAUAUACACAGAAGGCUACAAGACAUCAUGGGUGGUCACAGUGAUGCCACGUUUGGCAACGUCAGCAUUCUCGCGGUCGGGGAUCUAUAUCAGCUCCAACCGGUCCUGCAAAACCAUGUCUUCGAGCCACCACGUGACCAGUACGCGCAACUGCACGGGUCGCUCUGGCAAGACAACUUCGACAUGGUUGAGCUAACGGAAAGCAUGAGGCAGCAUGACGACAAGGCAUUUGCAGACUUGCUGAACAGGGUGCGCACAGCAUCAUGCACACCCGAUGAUAUUGUCAUCCUCCAAUCAAGAUCCACAUCUAACACAGACCCCGGGUAUCCUCACAAUGCUCUCCAUGUUUUCACGACCAACAAAGCCGUCGAUGAACAUAACACAACAAAACUGCAACAACUCACAACUGAAACUAUUCACAUACAAUGUCAUGACUACACCAAAGACAGGCAAACAGGCCAGCUACAACUAAAUGCAUCAAGUAAACCAUCCGAAACUGGCAGCCUCAGGUCUGAGAUCAGUGUCGCCGUCGGAGCCAGAGUCAUGGUAACUGUAAACAUCGAUGUGGCGGAUGGACUUGUGAACGGUGCAUGCGGUACCGUUGUAGACAUCAUGACAAACCGCGGAGAACCCCAUGCCAUACUCGUCGCCUUCGACAGUGACCAAGUUGGGAGAAAAGCAACAGCAUCCAGCCAGUACCAGCACACACAUCAAGGUGCUGUCCCCAUCUACCGGCAGGAAGUGACCUUCCCUGUCUGGAAAGGCAGAACCCACGUACAGAUGACGCGACGCCAAUUCCCCCUCACCCUGUGCUGGGCGUGCACCAUCCACAAGUGCCAGGGCAAAACCCUAGACAACAUAGUUGUCUGCAUGUCCGGCACUGGCCCUUUCAUGCCCGGGCAAGCAUAUGUCGCGUUCAGCCGGGUGAGAAGGCUCGCAGAUCUGUACAUUGUCGGGUUCCGGGCAGCAUCCAUCAGAUGCAGUUCUAAGGUCACAGAAGAAAUGAGUCGGUUGGCAAACAAGAAGCUUGCCCCUUUGAGGGCACCAACUGUGCCUGGCCCAUCAACCAGUCUCAUAUUCCUAAAUGUUCGAUCAUACCUGAAACAUCUUUUUGACCUCCAACUGACAGCAUCGAUGAAGAAUGCCGACAUUCUGUGCUUUGCAGAAACGUUUCUGUUGCCACAUCAAUCCCUGGGACAGCACGACAGAAUCACACAUGAAAUGACAUACAUUCAUCGACAGGAGCGGCGAACAUCCCAGCAACUGCAUAGAGGUGGCAUCAUGGUAAUGUCACGCUCACCUAUGACCCGUCUGGAUGACGACGGCAUCACACCAUCUGCCAUGGAGUACAUCUGCACCCACAUCAAGCUCCCAAACACCACCAUCCAGGUUUGCGUUGCAUACUGCAGACCACCAGUCAACCAACGUGCACUAUUGCAUGAUUUGCAGGCAUUGUUCCAGGUGAUGGACAUUACCACACCAACAGUCUUGGUUGGGGACUUCAAUGUUGAUCUGACAAAUGCCGACCACACCCAUCCACUUCUACAGACAAUGGCAGCUCUUGGGUUCCGUCAGGUUGUCAGGAGACCAACAACAGAUCACGGAUCAUUGUUGGAUCACGUAUACAUCAAUGCAAGUGUACAAGCCAGUGUCAGCGUCAUCGACUGUUAUUACUCUGACCAUGACAUCAUUGAUGUGAAACUAUUCCUCCAGUGAACACUGCUCAGAGUUCUCAACCAACAUUUAUCACAUACAAAAGAAGCUCUGAAUACUAUUGAAUUUGAACCAAUCUUGGAAGAACUACAUCACCAACUACUUGCAUAUGACACUGCACUUAUCAAACUUCUGUGAGACCUGUACAAUAGCGAAACAUCCACUUCAACACUCGAUGAAGACAGUAAGAAGAUUAGACUGGAAAGAGGAGAUAAAGGAGCACGGCAAGGAAAUAACAUAGACCAGGGGAAAUACAUCAUUACUGCUUUCAACACAGCCAACCAUCGCUGAGCAGGACACUAGCAGGGUUAUAGGACAACACGUACAUGUAAGCGUGUACACGUAAACAGUGGAGGACAUGCAACAUACAACAACACCUGAACCCUACGUGGACAAGAACUGUCACACAACCAGAUGACUGAAGUCAGUCAAGGGAGGGUUCCUCUGUAGAAAUGACAACACCGUAGAAUAAUGAUGAUGAUGUACAUAAUUUAUCAAUAAUACAAUAUAGAUUGUAAAUAUGUAAAGAUUGAUAAGUUAUU